ACUAAAAAAGAGAAAGUUGACAAUGUUACGCUUAAUCUGAAAAUAGAAUCAACAUCUUCUACUAGCUAUAUAUUUCCUUCUACUAAUAUUACUUAUAAUUUACAACCUACUCCAAUAACUACGAUAGUUCACCUUGAAUUCUUUAGUUAA